AUGACACAUCCUAAUCAAGAGAGAAACAGUAUCGCCACCUCGAUAUCAAGUCAACUCAGUGGAUCUACCCAGUACGACAGUUCCAGGAGACAGUCAGAAUAUGCCCAUUCAGAACCAUCCGCACGCAAGCGAAGCCGCGCCGAAGACUUUCAACAGGACACGCAUGGAUCUCCUACUUACAACGCCAACCUAACUCUUAAUAUCCCCGGCUUGAUGGGUUCAGGUGGACAACGAUCACAAUCCCAGGCUUCUCCAUACCAGUUCCGGGCUCCGCCGCUCCCUCCAACAUCCUCCACAGACAGAUCACCACAGAGCGAUACGCAGCAGCUUCAGCUACAGCAACCAUACAACCCAGAAAAGCCCUUGCAGACGACUCAACACCAUCAUCACCAUCUGCCACCUCAUUCUCCGACACUGAAACGAAGCAAGCACGGAGAGGAGGAAGAAGCAUCAUCCUUGAGUGAUGUAGGUCCUCCAAGUAUGGUUGGAAGAGAAGGGAUGCCCGAGCCAGCACCCAGACCAAAGGGACCAAAACUCAAAUUCACACGAGAGGAUGACGCCCUACUGGUCAGGUUGAAAGAAACGAAGAAUUUGACCUGGAAGCAAAUCGCCGAGUUUUUCCCAGGUCGCAGCGCAGGCACCCUGCAAGUCAGAUAUUGCACGAAGCUCAAGGCGAAGACUACGCUGUGGAACGAUGAUAUGGGUUCCGUCGAGUGGGCCCACAGUCCACGACACAUUGUGGACGGAUCGCUCAACGGUCUGGAUCCCACUGGAGUGAUGGACCUGGAAACAACACCACAAGUUCCUUGCACGGGAUUCCUGACCAAGGAAGGACCGACCUCCGCACGCCGAUCUUCAGUUUCGAGUACAAUCGAGCGUUUCCAAGACUUUGUGAGAUAUUCACACACCUCGGACCAUGAUCAGCGAGGCAGUCUCACACUCCUAGUCAAGCGGACUAUUCUUGGGGCACUUACCGAGCUUCCUGUCUACUUGUACCGCGAUCUCGUACAACGAUGGCAUCGCACCACUAGUGACCAUGCUUCGCGGACCCUGGUUCUAUCACACGGACUUCUUGGAUCGCAUGAUUGCACAGAACAAGCUUUACGAUGCCCAGAUGCUAACGUGUCAACUCAGAUUCAACGUCUUCGCACAGCGAUUCAAGAUUACGACAACGACCGCUGGCGGUUCAUUUCGAGUAAAGUCGGCAGUGGAUUCUCGGCUGCAGCAUGCAAAGCAAAGGCAGAAGAGAUUGAGGCAGAGGAUAUGGAAGCGGAAGUUGGUGCAGAGUCGGGCUCGGAAGACGAUCGACAUAAUACCUUUGGCCGUCAAGACAUUGAAGAGGAGGACCAGAACGAAGGAGAAGAGCAAUAA